GGCGGCCGGAGAGGGUGAAACUUGUGGCGGGGUGAGCGGCCCUCACGGCCACCGUAGUGACCGCCGUUAGGAGCAGGGCGGGGGGAAAUUUAAACGGCGGCGGAGCGCUGCGGGGCAGCUUUCCUCCGAUAUGGCGGUUCCUGCGGGGCCUCUCCGUGGGAGGACCUUCUUCCUGGACGUGCCCAGCGGGUGGGCGGCGAAGGAGCUGGCGGAGGUCAUCCGGCACCUGGGGGGGGUGACUGAAAGCUUCCUAAGCAAAGAAGUCAGCUAUGUUGUGUCCAGCAACAAAGAAGCCAAACGAAGCAGAGCCAGGACUCGGACUGAGAAGAGGAGCAAUGUGACCUCAGAGGAUACAAAAAAAGCCCAGAGCCCAGUGCUUUCCUCCUCCAGAGAGAACCAUGCCAGACCUCAGCAGAAGCCACCAGACACGGCCGUGAUCAGCAGGGGAAGGGAGCUGCUGCAGAAGGCCAUGAAGAAUCAGGACACCUGUGGUGGCAGCAGCAUCCUCGCCAACGCUCGCUUGUGGGGAGUCCAGAUUGUGCACGUGGAUGAAAUGCUGUCGUAUACUCAGCAGCUGCUGCGUGCCGUCUCAGGAGCACGGAAGGAGAGGUCAGAGGCAAAAUGCCCCAUGUCCGGAUCAAGAGCUCACAAAGCAGGAAAACUGAAGCCCCCUUUUCUGAAGGUUGAAGACCAGAGCAGGCAAUUCCGGCCCUUCCACCACCAGUUCAAGAGCUUUCCAGGCCUCAACCUCCUGGCCCCCAAGGGCUCCAGCCCCUUCGAGCCUCCGAAAAGCCUCUCCAAUUCCUGCAGGGCCAGGGCCAUGGAGGGCUGCCUGGUGCACAGCAAUGGGGAGAAGAGCCCCCAGUCCACACCAGUGCCAAAGAAGAAGAGGGGAUUUUGUGAGUGCUGCCAGGAGACGUUUGAAGAGCUGCAGAAGCACCUGCAGAGCCCCCAGCACAGAGACUUUGCCCUGGAUGACUCCCAUUAUGCCUCGGUGGAUCUUGUCAUCGCACAGCUCACCAACAGCUUCGCAGGGCAGCUGCCCAGGUUGCCACCAUCCUGCCUGACAGAUGAGCACUUAAUGCCUGGAGCACAACGUGCUGCAGGAGCUGAGGUGCUGGCAGCAGCGCUGGGGGAGGAGAGGCAGCAGCGUGAGCAGGGGGCUGUGGAGCUGCUGAGAGCUGGUCCUGGCCCUGACACCAAGGAGUGCUCCUGCCUGCCCAGGGACGGGGUCAGUAAUCCCCUGGAAGCAGAGGGACUGACUGGGAGCUGCCCUUUGGGGCUGUCUGCUGGAGCCAGAGCAGCAACUGCUGCUCCAUCUGAACCCCACAGACUUCGGGCCAACCCUCCUGCCUGCAGGAAGCGCCCGCUGCCCCCGGCUCAGCCCGCCCCGUGGGGGAAGAAGCCCCGAGUGGAGCUGGGGGCUGUCCCUGCUCCGUGCACUGUGUUCCUGCAGACCCCUCCGUGCAGCACAACAGCUCCCCGUGACUUUGGGAUGAGUUCUGAGUCAGACUGGGACGUCCCACUGCUCUCCACGCUGCCCCAAGACAACAGGAUCCACUCUGUGGACAGGGAUCUGCUCCAAAGGACACACACCAGCGUGCGGGACAGCGGGUACGAGUCACAGCUCUGCUUGGUGCUGCAGCGGAACUCAGAGUUGGACAGGAGCUGCUGUGCAGGGAGCAGAGAUGCCUUUCCCCCAGCACCAGCCCUUUUCUGGCAGCUGGACUAAUUCUAACCACCUCCCGGCUGUUCCCUGGGCCGUGCCCCACGCCUCUCUGGGACAACACAUCUUCAUCCAGCGCCUGCUGCCCUGGGCCCUGGCAGGGGGGAGCAAUACAGGAAGCAACCUUCUGCCCCAGGCCCUGGCAGGAGGAUGCACAGCGGGGCACUGAGCUCGCUCCCAUCACCCCACAGCAGCAGGAGGGCGGCAGCGCUUCCUCCUCGCAGCCGUGGGCUCUGCGGUGCCCCUGCUGCUGGGAGCCGGGGGCGGGGGGGAGGCUGAUGACCUCGCUGUCCUCAGCAUUUCCCCUUUUUGCUAUCACUGUGCUUGGGGUGGGUGCACUCACAGCUGUUUUUAG